GCACAAUCAUAUCUGCUUCUAAUCACACCAAAUAGGAUUUUCGCGAGCGAUUUACAGCUUAAAAUGGAUACUCCAACACUAGCUAUCACCGCCUGUGACUCAUAUGAAGGUCGUCUCCUAGCUGAAGCACUGGCCACUCAUCUUGAAGAACAAUAUUUUCAGAACAGUCUUCAGGAUAGCUUCAAUGGUUCCCUUCCGCAACUGAUCUGUUUAGCUCGAGACAUCGAAAAAGUUGGUGACAUCAAGGAACGACCCGUUUGCAAGGUAAUCCAGAUAAACUAUGAUCACCCCGAAUCAUUGACAAUCGCUCUCCGUGGCACUCAAACUGUAGUUCUCGUCCCUGAGAUUGAGCCACAGCGUGAGGAGUGGGCCAAUAAUCUGGUCGACGCUAUGGUGCAAGAGAAAGUCUUGCGCUGUAUCGUCAUCUCGAGUAUUGGUACUGAUGCAAAGGACAAGGACCAACUGCGACGCUUCUCAACUGUUGAAGACAAGGUCAAGGGAUCUAUUCAGCGCUGGACCAUCUUGAGAGAGGGCUUCCCAUUCCAAGCCUUAUUCUAUUGGGCGGAGAUGGUCCAAAAAGAAGGGAUUUUAGGGAUGACUAUUAGACAAGAUAUCGAGUUCGCGCCCUUGGACAUUGCCAAUCUUGGUGAUGCACUUGUAGCUGUCAUGUUCCCCUCAGCCACUGAUCAUCAGCAAGUUUAUGAUGAGGAUCGCGAAGGGGACAAUAGAAAAGUCUGCAAUAUCACAAAGCCCAUUACCGCGGAUUUGACUGGCCUAGUGGAGCCGACUGGCGGCACGGACAGGUUUGACGGACAAAUAUACACUUUGACCGGGCCAGAGACUGUCACUGGACCUAAACUUGCUGAUGAACUAACUCGGGCAUUAAAGCAGAAAGGAUGCAGUUCUGCUGAUGACGACAAUAUUCCUCUGCCCAUCAACUACAAGAUAAUUGAUCGAAAUACGCUCAAGGAGUACCUCUGCAGGCUUCGCAAGCCUCAUAAAAGUGAAUACUUUCGUAUUAUUGCCACGGAUAUUCCUGGGAUCAGUUGUGCUUUGCGCCUGUUCCAACAAGCCGCCAACUUCGCGUUUGGAGUUCGUGCACAUAAGCCAAGUUUUGAUUCCAUGCUUCCAGUCUCCUCAUCAGUUUUAAGAGGCGAAGAGCAAUGGAAGGGAGACGGCUACGGUGAUGAAGGUGGGAAAAACGUGAAGAAAGAUUAUAAAGAGCCAUGUGGUCUACCUGGUUGUUCAAAUGGUACAGAUGAUUCCGAGCGAAACCAUAAAGAGCUCAAGAAACCUGAGUGUCGACGGCCUCGGCUGGAUCCACCCAAUGAUACGGAAGUGAGCCUCAUUCUGCAAUUGCUUGACUACAUUAGUGAAGGUCAUGCCAAGUUUCAGUCGGGUGAUCUUAAGAAAGUGGCGGGCAUUCGCGGAUGUAAUGCAAAACAGUUCUUUGAGAAGUAUGCGCUUGAUUUUCGUGGCCGACCUACCUAGUGUAGACAAGGCUCUUUGGGAGCAUGGUCUACCCUUAAAUCUUUUGUGUUCGCUUAUUGAGUAAUAAAAAAAAGAAUUAAUCUAUUUGACAACCCGGG